CCACGUCCGGAAUGCGGAAUGUUCUGGCCAUUGCCGUUGCCAAUUUCCGGAAAAUGGCAAUGGGCAUCACGAGCAGCAGCAGAAGCGCCAGCCGUUGGGCGUAAAUUAAAAUUAAAUUCAAAUGGAAAAGUGUCGUCGCGGCGACCUGGACUCUGGCACUCCGGAGUUGGAGUUGGAGUUGGAGUUCGAGGAGGAGUCCUGGGCUUUGGCCAUUGGCCAUUGGCACGUCUGUCGGUUUAUGCAACAUUUUAGCAAUUAUAUUCGCGUCGGGCGACAUUACAACGGCAAUUACACGCAGGAGCCGCAGGACAUGCCCGUGGGCGGAUGGCCGUGGAGUUGGGAUGGGGGCGUGGCCCUCCGUCCGGCACUCUGGCAUUCCGGCGGCCCUGUCAUCGUCACGUGGAGCGGCAACGUGAUCAACUGA